AUGGAGAUAGUUUCUGCUACCGCUGCCAAUUAUGUUGCUCAAGUGAAUUCGCUUCCAAUGCUUAAUGGGGCAAAUUUCAAGCUGUGGAAAGAGAAUGUGGAAAUUGUUCUCGGCUGCAUGGAUCUCGACAAUGCGCUAAGGACUGAGAAACCCACUUCCACUCAGGAAAAUCCAAACACGGAUAAAAUUGAGAAGUGGGAACGCUCAAAUCGCAUGUGUUUGAUGAUCAUGAAACGUUCCAUUCCGGAGGCGUUUAGGGGCUCGAUUGUUGAGACUAUUGAUGCCAAGUUGUUUCUGAAGGAACUCGAGCAAUACUUUGCUCGAAAUGAAAAGGCUAAAAUUGGUCAAACCUUGUCCAAACUCAUAAACAUGAG